GGUUGGCAUUACAAGUGUGCAGGGAUCCGGUGGAUGAUGAGUGAAGAGUCAGCAAAUAUGCUGACCAAGCCACUGAAACGAGUGGAGGAGGGAAAUGGAGAGUCGGGUGAGAAUGGACACAUCAGAAAGAAGCUGAAGUCUGUAGAACAGACUGGCGACGAGAGGAAACACCCCAAAAGAAAAGUGGUCCUGCUUUUGGCAUAUUCAGGCAAAGGUUACUACGGUAUGCAGGUUGGUAUUAAUCAUAAUAUUUUCAUAAAGGGAUGUCUUAAUAAAAAUAACUAGUCCUCCAUUCAGGUGCAGCUUUCUAAAUAUACUGAACAAAAAUAUAAACUCAACAUGUAAAGUGUUGGUUCCAUGUUUCAUGAGCUGAAAUAAAAGAUCCCAGACAUUUUCCGUACAGACAUAAAGCAUUCUUCUCUCCAAUUUUGUGAACAAAUUUGUUUACAACCCUAUUAGUGAGCAUUUCUCCUUUGCCAAGAUAAUCCAUGCACCUGACAUGUGUGGCAUAUCAAGAAGCUGAUUAAAUGCUUGAUCAUUACACAGGUGCACCUUGUGCUAGGGACAAUAAAAGGCCACUGAAAUGUGCAGUUUUGUCACACAACACAAUGCCACAGUGGGUUAGCCUUUGCCCUCCCAGGCCCACCCUUGGCUGCGCCCCAGCCUAGUCAUGUGAAAUCCAUAGAUUAGGGCCUAAUGAAUUAAUUUCAAUUGACUGAUUUCCUUAUAUGAACUGUAACUCAAUAAAUUGUUGUGUUUGUUUUUGUUCAGUAUACUUAAUCUGCUGUGUUUUGUGUGUUUCAGAGAAAUGCUGGAUCCUCCCAGUUCAAAACCAUUGAGGAUGAGCUGGUCACAGCACUGAUUAAGUCUGGGUGCAUCCCAGACAACCAUGGAGAUGACAUGAAAAAAAUGUCGUUCCAAAGAUGUGCGAGAACAGACAAGGUAAGGGAGGCAAGGAUGGAAAAGGCUUGGUUGCUGUCUGCACAAAUACAUCCCUUGAGCAAGUAUUCUUACAUAUGUUUUAUACCUGAUGUAAUGAAAUGCACAGGAAAAGACAUGCACUUUGUGUGGCCUCACCCAAAUUCAUUAUUGCCUUGCUUUGUGAUCAGCUUCAUUUGUUUUCUGUCAGGGUGUUUCUGCAGCAGGUCAAGUGGUCUCUCUAAAACUGUGGAUGAUUGAAGACGUAAUGGAAAAGAUCAACUCCAAUCUUCCACCACAGAUCAGAGUGCUGGGUGAGAUCGCACUGCUUCCUGUCAAAUGUGUUGGAGACAAGCCUAAAACCUUCACAAAGCAGCCCAUGGUUCUUGUAUGAAGACUAGGAAGUCUAGGUGGUCCCUUUUGGGAAGUCAUUGAUUCAACUUUAAGGUGUUGUGUGAAAAUGUGUUGGACGUGUGCUGACAAUGCAAUUGUUAUUUGUCCAAUACUGUCUAUUCUGCCUAUUGGCUUGAACAUAUAAUAAAAACAAUUGAUCUCAAAAAGAAAACUUUAAAGAAAAGAACGGUUUAGUUACCAAUGUGGUUCUACAUAGUUUGUGAUCUUUUGUCCCUAUAGGUCUGAAACGAGUGACUGGGGGCUUCAAUUCUAAAAACAGCUGUGAUGCACGCACAUACUCCUACAUGCUCCCCACUGUGGCCUUCUCCCCAAAGGACUAUGACACCAAGAAUUCCGCUGCAUUCCGCCUGGAGCCAGAGACACUGCAGAGAGUAAACCGGCUGUUUGGCAGCUACAAGGGCACCCAUAACUUUCACAACUUCACCUCCCAGAAGGCUGCGCGGGACCCCAGCGCCCGCCGCUACAUCACAGAGAUGUCCUGUGGCGAGCCCUUUGUGCGCGGCGGCGCAGAGUUCGCCGAGAUUACCGUGCGUGGCCAGAGCUUCAUGAUGCAUCAGAUCCGGAAGAUGAUUGGCCUGGUGAUAGCUGUGGUGAAGGGCUAUUCAGGGGACGAGGUGUUGAAGCGAAGCUGGGGCGAGGAGAAAGUGGAUGUGCCUAAGGCCCCCGGGCUGGGCCUAGUGCUGGAGAAAGUGCACUUUGACAGGUACAACAAGCGUUUUGGUGGGGACGGCCUCCAUGAGUGCCUGGAGUGGACUGAAGAGGAGCAGGCCAUCUUGGCCUUCAAGGAGGAGCACAUCUACCCCAGCAUUGUGGUGACCGAGUGCCAGGAAGGGUCCAUGGCUAACUGGAUGGCCACACUGCCCAUACACGACUUUGAGGCCACUGCAACAGGAGCUCAGGAUAAGGAUAGGGAGCAGGUGGGUGAAUGCAACACAAUUAUAUAUUUGCCAGGUCAAUUAUCAGUUGUUCUUUGUUAAAGUCCUACAAAAUGUUGAACAUUAUUAGAUUAAUCAUCAACUAUAAGCAGUUCACACCCAGACCUCAUAAAACCUGCAGUCUUUUUGGGAGGUGCAAUCCCCCUCUCUUUUUUUUUAAACUCAUAAAAUUAUUUUCCAUUUUCAGGAUGAUGAGGAGGGUAAUAGAUCAGAUUCUGCACUUUGAAGUCUCCGGCAAGUGGAAAGAAACCCUUUGCUUUGCUGUAUCUCAAGAAUGAGCUUUUGUUUUGCUAUGGAAAUGCAUUGUCAGUAAUGCCACUGAUUUACUCAACAAUGAAAACAUUUUAAUAAACAUUUAGUUAUUUUAAACCAUUGUGUGAAUCCUUUCUAGUAAUAAUCUUUUAACACAUUUUAUUUGUGAGGAUUUGUUAGUUGGACAUGUUUCAUGAAACAAACACAGCUUGAGAAGACAUGCAGGUCUAAGACAGGAUGCAAUGAUAUGAAUGAUAUUUUAUAAAGCUUUCCAUUUGUUUCUCAAUGCCACAUGUAAAUUAUGGAAGUACGUUUUGUUUACCGCACUGCUAGAAUAUUUGAGAUAUUUGGCCAUGCCCAGCACGAUAUACACGCAGUCCGCAAGGGGGCGGAAUUGGAACGUAAAGGACGUCUACACUAACCUCAUCUGAAAGAAGAUGGCGACUUCCAAGAGGUGCAACGUGAGUUCGGAAAACUUAACAGAAAAUGUUGUGAAAACACCUAAAAUAGACAUCAGCGGUAAAGUAGAUCUGAUUAUUCAGAGCAAAAAACAUGCCAACGAUGUGUUCGACGUUCUUGAGUAUCUUCAGGUAUGUAACUUAACAGAAACGUUAUAGUGUGUGUUCAAUGUUAGCUUUGCCUAUGGGUUUGGAAAGCUAGCUACUACAGUAGCUAGGUAGCCCCCCCAACAUACAUUUUGUCCCUCAUAGUUAUUUUGGUGAUGGGACGAUCCAUAUUAAAUAUCAAUGCACAUUCUCCCCACUUUCAUCCUCAGUCAGAGAAGGAGAAGAACGUUAUUUGUGCGAUCAAUGGAUGUACUAAACUGUUCUGUACGUCGUUGGAGAGGGGAGACCUGUAUGUUGGGCAACUGCCCAAAGAAGAGGUGUUGUUGAUUGGUGGUGAGUAUACUCCUCAGUUUCAUCAGCUGUCCGGGUGGCUGAUUUCAGACUAUCCCGCAGGUGAAGAAGCCUGAUGUGGAGGUCCUGGGCUGGUGUGGUUACACGUGGUCUGUGGUUGUGAGGCCAGCUGGACGUACUGCCAAAUUCUCUAAAAUGACGUUUGAGGCGGCUUAUGGUAGAGAAAUGAACAUUCAAUAUUCUGGUAACAGCUAUUGUGGACAUUCCUGCAGUCAGCAUGCCAAUUGCACGGUCCCUCAACUUGAGACAGCUGUGGCAUUGUGUUGUGACAAAACUGGACAUUUCAGAGUGGCCUUUUAUUGUCCCCAGCACAAGGUGCACCUGUGUAAUGAUCAUGCUGUUUAAUCAGCUUCUUGAUAUGCCACACCUGUCAGGGGGAUGGAUUAUCUUGGCACAGGAGAAAUACUCACUAACAGGGAUGUAAACAAAUUUGUGCACACAAUUUCAGAUGUUUUUUUGUGUGUAUGGAACAUUUCGGGGAUCUUUUAUUUCCGCUCAUGAAACAUGGGACCACCACUUUACAUGUUGCGUUUAUAUUUUUGUUAAGUAUAGUUGUGGCAUUUCCUCACCAAGUACAAGUACAGCAUAUGUAGUCUGAUUGGGAAAAGUAUUUAGUUCAGUGACAUCUAUAGAGUUAGACUUCGAAAAUGAAUGAUGUACCUUUAGGCGUCUUGUGUCUCUAUUUUGCUUGGGCCUCAGGCUAUGCCGGUGACUGACUUUUUGUGUCCUGGCAGGUGAUCGCAGUGCGAAUGAGAAGUACUGCAUGUUCAUGCGCCACCGCUACAACGGCUGUUUGGAGCUGCUGCUGGAGCACAUCAGCCAUGAAUCAUACCAGAUUAAGGCGAGUGGCUUUUCUGUCAACACCAAAAGUUCAUUGUUAGAGCCAGGAGGGAAGACUCUAGCCUGGUCCCAGAUCAGUUUGAACUCUUGCCUACUCCUUAUCACUCCAUUUCAUAAGGAGUUUGCAAGAGAGCAGAAACACUGGCAUCCAGGCUAGGAAAACUCUGGGCCCUAGUUAGUCCCAAUUAUGGCACAUAGAAAAAAAACUAAAUGUCCCUUGUCUGUCACGAAUGUUGUAUAAAAUUAUAUUUGAACAUACUCUGCCGAUUGGCCGUCAGGUUUGUCCUUCAGUGGGUUGAAAUCUGACACGAAAUAUCCACAGGAAAGUAUUAUUAAAAAUACUUCAAAAUGCGAGUCUCUGUGUGGCAAUGAAUAAUUGUUUGCUUUUGACCUAAAGCACAUGCACAAGACAAAAGUACAUGCACUUGAUGCAUUCAUACUAACCGAUAAUCUUGCAGGUGUUUACAUGGUUUUGCACAUGUGAUAGACAUUUCAACAGCAGUACCGGUACUCUAAAAAAUCUGGUAUGUAAUACUUUCCAGUAUAUCUUUUGUCAAAUUUCAACCCACUGAAGGACCAACCACACAGACAACCGGUCGAGUAAGUUCAAAUGUAAUUUUAUUUAACAUUCUGGCUUGUAAUGAAACUUUUUGAGGUGCUUUGUUUCAGACUGUAUCCCAAUAAUUGGUAUCACAGUCUGAUUUAUUAGGCAAGGUCUGAGUAUAAAAGGUCAGCUGCUUCAUAAGUUAUGAUUAUUAGGGCCUGGUGUUUUUCUGGGGUCUGGUCACAUGGUAAAGGAAAACCCUUGGCCCUAAUCAUUAGUGACGUGUGGUGUGUGUGAAAUGUUUUUUAUUUAUUUUUUAUAUGAAGGAUUUAGUCUAAUGUUGAGUGUGUUUGUUCUGAUUAUGCUAUUUAUUCCCAUGCAGGAGAGUGCCCUGUGUGCACUGAUGAAGUUUGCCUCCAUGGAAGGGAAGUUCCCUCUCCAGGAUUUGGACUGGAGCGAACACUACAGCUUCCCAAGAGAACUCAUCCAGGUAGGGAUUUCACUUAAAUACUGUACUACAUGUUAGUUGCCUGCCGCAAAUGUUACACCAUUUAAACUGUCAUAAGGGUGCAUUGGCGCACCAAAGAUGCAUGUUUGAAACUGGACCCACCUGUAUAUAUGCCAUUUAGCAGACACUUUUAUUCAAAGCGACUUAGUCAUGUGUGCAGACACUGUUAGUAUGGGUGGCCGCAGUGGGAAUCGAUCGCACAAUCCUUGGCGUUGCAAGCACCAUGCUCUACCAUCUGAGCCACACCUGUUACAUUGAGAUUUUGUCUUUUUGUAACGAUCCAUUGCUCUGAACAGGCAGUGGUAGAGAGGCUGCUCUCUCAGAAGGAGGAUAUGGCGGUUCUUAUCUCCAGAUUUCAGGAGUACCUGGAGAUGGAGGAUGUGCGUUACUACGUCAUGAGCUCUGUCCGCGAGAACGUGGGUAGGGUGAUGGACAAAUCCAAAGGGGUAAGCCCCACUAGGACUGGUGUCUGCGUUUGGAGGUUCUAAAUGCAAUGGUUUAUUCUAGCUUGUUUAGGUGUCUGUUCUGUAGCAGUUAUGUAUUGUAAACAUUAUUUUCUCUUCAAUCACUUCAGUUGACUUGUGCUCCACACUUAAGCUCAUGUGUUGGGCUGUCAUAUCUGACUGAUGUUGUUUGUUUAGAAUGGUCUUGUCUUGUCACUUCAGGCAGUGAUGCCCAUUUACCAGAACAACGUGUUCACUCUGCUGUCCAAUAUCAACAUGCCUAGCCAGGAGUCAGAACUCACCAACUACCUGGUCAAACAGGAAGGUCAGCCUGCUGUUUUGCUCUUAUGCUAUAUAUUAAAAUGAAAACAAUGCAUUUUUAGUAACUUGUAUGCAGCAUGUUCUUAAAUUCAAUGGCCAAGGUGCAUAAAGAUGGCUGCCCCCAUGUACUUACCACAAAAGCUUUGUUUGCUUAGUUCGCCGUAUUGUACAUUGCUCUCUGUUACAGUUUUUUUUUUUUAACGACAUUAGCACAGUAUACAUGAUCCAAAUUCUAGCUCCAAGACGGCGGCAAUUUGAAAAAACAAAAAAGUAAAUUGUGCUGAUUUACUGGCACAUUGAGCCAUGUCGCGCAUCAUAGUUCAAGAACUAUGUGGGUAGUGCUAAAAACAAUGACGUCAUAUCUUAAUUCCUCCAUCUUUAUGUACCUUCGCCAUUGUUAUGCAAAAGUGCCAUUAAUUUAUCAGAGUAGCUGAGUUGCCGUAUUCUCUGGAUGUUGUAGAAAAGACAUGAUACACAAACUUUGUCUGUUGUAACAGUAGGCUAUUACAAACAUAAGCACGACAGACAGGCAGUCUUAGUAGCGAUUUCAUGUUAUUUUUUUCAUUAUCAUUGCAAACAUUGGCUAAGCAGAAGGAUACUACAAACAUGAGCAUGACAGACAAGCAGUCUAAGUAGCGAUUUCAUGUUCUUUUUACAUGCAGCUAUCUAGGCAGCAUAUCAAACAGUCUAAAUAGUGAUUUUAUGUUAUUUUUUCAUUGUCAUUGCAAACAUUGGUGAGGCAGACAGGCAGCCAAAGUAUGAGUGUUUUUUGUUGAGUUAAGUGAGAAAUGUGAAGGGAGGGUGAGCAGCAGCUACGUAGAAAAAAACGUGUGCGUAAAAUAACAUACGCAGAACGCAAUUUGGUUUUUUAGCUCUGGGGAAGAAGCUUCCAGGCUUCCUUCUGUUGCGCAGCCUCAGCCUUAACUUAUUAUGUGAUUGAUUGCCCCUUGGUUCAUUUUACAGCUAAACAUGAAGACUGGAAAGCAGCCAAACUAAAAGUAAGCAAAGCCUCCUAUCAGCUAGAGAAAACAUGCUUUUUGUGUCUCAUGAUUAGAAGUAUUGCUAUAAGUGUGAAUGUAAUGAUCAUCUCUCCUUCCUAUCAGGAACACAAGCGUGCCUUUGAGCGGUUGUGGCUCGGGUUUCUGAAGUAUAAGGUAUAAGAUCCACUUGAACAUAUAGACCACCUUUGAACUUGUCUUUGUUCCAGACUAGAGUCUGCAACCCAGAAUUUUCUAUCUCAUGUCUUUCGCCCCCUGUAGUUGCCCAGCAGCAUGUACAAGAAGGUGCUAGUGAUCCUCCAUGACUCCAUCCUGCCCCACAUAAGCAAUCCCACACUGAUGAUUGACUUCCUGACUGCAGCCUAUGAUGUUGGUGAGUUGAGUUUCCAUAGUCUGUCAUCUAUAGAACAAUCUGACUAGAUGCCACACUGUACUGAAAGAGAAAAGUACUGCGACAAGAAAUAUCUUAUUUGUGGUGUACUGUAACCAGGGCAUGAGUGUGCUAGAACUUCUGCAAUAAAGAUCACAGCCAUACUGAUCACCCACAGUGGCAUUCUGUGUAGAAUUUUUUUGUACGACUUGGAAAGUUAAUUCCUGGUAUAUUGUGUUUUCUGUGUCUGUACAGGAGGGGCAAUCAGUCUGCUGGCUCUCAAUGGCAUGUUUGUGCUCAUCCAUCAGCACAACCUGUGAGUAUUCCACACUCUUAGUGCACAAGGUACUGAUCCAGGGAACAUUGCCUUCCUCAGCUUCAGAAGGUUUAGGUUUUUGAAUUGGAUUCAAACUAUUUCAACAGAAGUAGACUACCCAUUAUCAUAGGAUCAAAGAAACCCUGGUCCUAGCUAUUGAAUAUGUAAAAGUUGGGAGUUACUUUCCCUCAACACUGUAGUGUGUGCCUGUGUGUCUGCAGAGAUUAUCCCGAUUUCUACAAGAAGUUGUACAGCCUGCUGGAGCCCUCUGUUUUCCAUGUGAAGUACAGAGCACGCUUCUUCCACUUAGCUAACCUCUUCCUCUCCUCCACGUAAGACCUCUCCUUCAUGAUCACUCCAUUAACUAUCGAUGACUGGCAUUUCAUCCUCACAUUUGCUGUAAAUCAGUUAACAGUCAACACCUCUUUGUCCAUUGUGUCUUGUCUUUCUCUCUCCAGUCACCUGCCAGUCUACUUGGUGGCAGCAUUUGCCAAGCGUCUGUCCCGCCUGGCCCUCACGGCGCCACCUGCUUCCCUGCUCAUGGUACUGCCCUUCAUCUGCAACCUGAUCCGCCGCCACCCUGCCUGCCGAGUCCUCAUUCACCGGCCUAGCGCAGCAGAUGGUAGGUAACCCCAUUUCACCCCAUACAUUCACCUGUCUGGAGAUGGGAAUUAAUUCAUUUGAUUAUGAUGAUAAUGUUGAUGUGGUGGUUUGACAUAUAGGCAAUGUCUCAAAGGGCUUUCCAAUAGAUAGCAGAUUGUUUGACAUUGCUUGUCAUUUCCUGUGUGUGUUUGGACAGAAGCCUGUGUUGACCCCUACCUGAUGGAGGAGGAGGACCCCUCCCAGUGCCACGCCCUGGAGAGCAGCCUGUGGGAGCUUCAGGUGUGUAGGGCCCUCCAGAGAAACACACAUGAUCCAUAGAGAUGAACACAGCCAAACUCACUCAGUGCUCUUCACUUUCCCCUCCUGCUCUCCUCCUGAGUGUAGACCCUGCAGAAGCAUUACCACCCUGAUGUGGCCAAGGCUGCCAUGGCGAUAAACAAGCCAUUGUCACAGCAGGAGGAUGACAUCAGUGAGCUGCUGGAGCUAUCCACCUAUGAGGUGAGGUGACAUCACCAAAGUCUGAUUGUCCUUUCGUCUACUUUUUGGUCAUCCUGUUGGUUCACAAUCCCAAGUGUUUUUACUUUGUUGGUGAGGAUAUUAAUUUCAAUUGUAAGGUCUUAUCAUUUGUUAGCAUGUUACGUUUGUCAGUGUAUUGGUGUCUGUCACCGUAAAUUGUGUGUGUGUAUAUGCAUGACUUUUAUCAUGUUGUUGAUGGAAUGUGGCUCCAUGUCUGUGCACACAGCUGAUGGAGCGGGACCUGAAGCAGAAGCAGAGCAAGACUGUGCCGCUGGAGUUUGACCCUGCCACCCAGCUGCUGCAGGGCUCUGUGGGGGUGCUGGGCCUGAACUUCUCUCUAGAGUAGAGACAAACAGCCCCCGGACACUCAUACACCUAACAUCUCUGGACCUCACUCUCUCCCCCAUAUUCCCUUUUCAUUUCACCUCCACAUUUGUAUCUUUCUGUUUGGGAUUCAUUGUACCUCAAUAAACAUUUCUAGAAAGCUA